ACAAGCGCGUAGUUCCUCCCAAACAUUACGCUCCUGUUACUGCUCAUAACCCGAGCGCUGAGAAAAACAAAGCUAAAGUGGUAGAAUUGAUCAGUCGUAGAAAUGUUGGCGCUGAUUAACCGGUUCUUAGAUUGGGUUAAGUCCCUGUUCUGGAAGGAGGAGAUGGAAUUAACGCUCGUCGGGCUUCAGUAUUCCGGCAAAACCACGUUUGUCAAUGUGAUAGCUUCUGGACAAUUCAGUGAAGACAUGAUUCCAACAGUUGGAUUCAACAUGCGAAAAGUCACAAAAGGAAACGUCACAAUUAAGAUCUGGGAUAUAGGGGGACAACCCAGGUUUAGGAGCAUGUGGGAACGGUACUGUCGAGGAGUAAACGCCAUAGUGUACAUGGUGGAUGCAGCAGAUCGAGACAAAGUAGAAGCUUCCAGAAAUGAGCUGCAUAACCUGUUAGACAAACCACAGUUACAAGGAAUCCCUGUAUUGGUACUUGGUAACAAGAGGGAUUUACCUAAUGCGCUGGAUGAGAAACAGCUUAUUGAAAAAAUGAACUUGGCUGCUAUUCAAGACCGGGAGAUCUGCUGCUACUCCAUUUCCUGCAAAGAGAAAGACAACAUUGACAUCACACUGCAGUGGCUUAUCCAGCAUUCGAAAACACGGAGAAGUUGAAAGCCAUGUAUCAGAUUCACGUGCUGACACGUUCCGAUUGCACCCCAUCCUGCUUACUCUGUGAAACUGUACAGUCAUCCCAUCACACUAUUUUCACCAAUGUUGGUUGCAGAUGUCCUUGUCACUCCUGUCAUAACUAAGAACCAGUCUUCUGAACCUAUCGCUAAAUGAUGUUAGCCUGCAGUUUCCAGCCGCCUCCUCCUUUGAGAUCUCCCCCAUCUGCUAAAACAAAAGCUCAGCAGUCUCUCUUCUACAAACUAGCUUCACAUUCUUGAGGUCCUUAACCUCCAAUCAGUCCUAUUAUCAAAGUUAUGGGAGAGUGAAGACUUUUCUGCCCCCCCCCCCCCCCCCCCCAAAAUGCCAGGCCUUGCAAGAAUGUAAUUAUGUCUGUUGCCUCUCUGUCUUGUUCUCUCUUCUUUUGGCCAAAAUGUUUGUCCUGAGAAAGCAGUUUGUAAUAUUUAACUAAGGAGUGAUUCGAUAAGUCAGCAAAAUAUCUUGACAUGUAUGUACAAAUAUUGAUCACGUAAAUAUUUUUACUAUGUUGAGCAGAAAUCUAUUUAAGAGGAUGUUUGGAAGGGUAAGGUCUAGUCUUUGCUGUUGGUAAGCUGGGAGAGAGAGGUGGCGAAGUUCAAAGUGCCUUGUGCAGCAGACUUCUCUCUGAAGCGGAGCAGUAUGCCAGGUGUGUCUACCUGGAACCCAGUCACCUAUGAAGAAAAUAAAUGAUAUAGGCAUGCUUUUUAAGGUAGAUUAUUGUACCAUUGCCAUUAUGAACAAAGUUAUUGCUUUGAUCUCUGUAAAAAGAAAUAUUUGAAGCCCUCACUAUCAAUGCACUUUUGUAAAUAUGAACCAAUAAAUAAUUAUUGACAUCUGAAA